AUGUCCAAACAGUUGACUACAAUCCUGGCAACGACCCUCGCCCUCAUCGAGCAAUUCCAAGACACCCUCUCGACAUCCACCCACACCGAGCAACCGUCCCCCAAAGAUGCAAAGGCCCUGCCCCUCCUCUCCGCCUCGUCCGCCACCCUCAAAGCGCAGGUGACGAAGCUGUCGCUUCUUUCAAUUACCUCGCCCUUCACCCAUUCCGCCGUUAGUGGCGUGCUGCGCGCUUGCAAUGACACCGUCCUCCCUUCGCUUGUUACCGCUGCUCUGCUCGUCACGCCUGCUGAAUAUACGAAGGCGUUCCAUUCGGAGGUUCUUCUCCUUGUGCGCACGACGUUGAAUGAGUUUAAUACGCUUGUUCAGCAAGUAAAGAGUAUUUCGGAGAAGAAGGAUCUGGAGAAGAAGGAUGAUCCGAAGAAGGAAAGUGAGUUGGCUAGGCCGGAUAAGGACGCUGUUACUCUUGCUACGGGCCGUGUGUGGGAUGCGUGUGAUACAGUCCUGGAGGUUGCGUCGAAAGGUGUGGUGGGAUUCGUCAUGCACCGCGUCGAACAGUGGAGGGAUCUUGUCCGGGAUGCGGUGCAGGAGAUUGAAGACUGGGAUCCCGAAGAAGAUGACGAUUUCUUCGAUGAUCUGAUGGGCGAGGAUAAGGAUGACGGAGAGGAGGAUGACGAUGACUCUGAUGACGAGGAGGAGACUGCCGCGCUGAAGGAACAGAAGAAGAAUACUCUUCGCUUCCUCAAGCCUAUUGUGCAAGUCUACCCUUCUAUCGCUACAAAUCGGUUGAAGAAUGCUGGGGAUGCACCUUUAUCUUCGGCUGCUGGUGUCACCAGGCUGGAGGCGUUGAUGCUGAACCUGCAGAGUAUACCUGAGCAGGUUGAUGAGGCAGCGGGGGCCUUAUAUGAGGCUAACGUGGCCAAGUCUGCAAAGUUCUUGAAAAAGACGCAGAAGAAUGCUGCACAGGCUGUCGAAUCGAUGGCUGCGCCGUGGGAUGCUGCGGAUGCUGCGGGCUGCGACAAGCAAGUGACAGACAAGUUCUCGAUCUGGUCGAGUGCGUGGUUCAAGGUCAUGGAUGAAGUGAGCAAACCGAUUGAUGCAGCUUCCACUGCAUAG